AAACUAGCUCCGAGAGCCAGGAGGCCCACUGCGUGCGCAGGCGCACUCAGAGAUCUGCGAGUGCUUGAAGGGCCCGUUCCCCGCAGGCCUCGGGGUGGGGCCUCGGGGGACUGGCGUAAAUGAGGAGGGAAGGCCCGCCCCUCGCACGCCGCUCUCUGCCGCUGCUGCCAUUGCUGUCGCCACCACUUUUGCCCUAGGAAAGUCAUGUUACCCAACACCGGGAAGCUAGCAGGAUGUACAGUUUUUAUCACAGGUGCCAGCCGUGGCAUUGGCAAAGCUAUUGCGUUGAAAGCAGCAAAGGAUGGAGCAAACAUUGUCAUUGCUGCGAAGACCACCCAAGCACACCCCAAACUCCCAGGCACAAUCUAUACUGCUGCUGAAGAAAUCGAAGCAGCUGGAGGAAAGGCCUUGCCAUGUGCUGUUGAUGUGAGAGAUGAACAGCAAAUCAAUAAUGCUGUGGAGAAAGCAGUGGAGCAAUUUGGAGGAAUUGAUAUUUUGGUGAAUAAUGCCAGUGCCAUUAGCUUGACCAACACAUUGGAAACGCCUAUGAAGAGAGUGGAUUUGAUGAUGAAUGUCAACACCAGAGGCACCUAUCUGACAUCUAAAGCAUGUAUUCCUUAUUUGAAAAAGAGUAAAAUUGCCCAUAUCCUCAAUCUCAGUCCACCACUGAACCUAAAUCCAUUGUGGUUCAAACAGCACUGUGCUUACACCAUUGCUAAGUAUGGUAUGUCUAUGUGUGUGCUUGGAAUGGCAGAAGAAUUUAAGGGUGAAAUUGCAGUCAAUGCAUUAUGGCCUAAAACAGCCAUCCACACUGCUGCUAUGGACAUGCUGGGAGGAUCCGGUAUUGAAAGCCAGUGUAGAAAAGUUGAUAUUAUUGCAGAUGCUGCCUAUUCCAUUUUUAAAAAGCCAAAAAGUUUUACAGGAAACUUUAUUAUUGAUGAAAACAUCUUAAGAGAAGAAGGAGUAAAAAAUUUUGACGUCUAUGCAAUUAAACCAGGCCAUCCUUUGUUACCAGAUUUCUUCUUAGAUGAACACCCAGAUACAAUUAUCAAGAAAGUGGAAUCACGUGGUGCUGUUCCGGAACUCAAAGAAGAGAAGCCACAGCCACCACCAAAACCACGUUCUGGAGCUGUGGAAGAAACAUUUAGAAUUGUUAAGGACUCUCUCACUGAUGACAUCGUUCAAGCCACUCAAGCAAUCUAUCAGUUUGAACUCUCAGGUGAAGAUGGUGGAAUGUGGUUUCUUGAUCUUAAAAGCAAAGGUGGAAACGUUGGAUAUGGAGAGCCCUCUCAUCAGGCAGAUGUGGUGAUGAGUAUGUCUACUGAUGAUUUUGUAAAAAUGUUUUCAGGGAAACUAAAACCAACAAUGGCAUUCAUGUCAGGGAAAUUGAAGAUUAAAGGAAACAUGGCCCUAGCAAUCAAAUUGGAGAAGUUAAUGAAUCAGAUGAAUGCCAGGCUGUGAAGGAAAAGG